GGGGGUAGGGUUGGAAACUGAUCACGUUCUAAUUUCUUUGGAUGUUGUGUCACUAUUCACGAACAUCCCAGGCGAGUUAGCAAGUGGUAAUAGAACAUUCACAGUCAAGUGUAUUUUGGCAACGUAGACUCAAGUGUAAUUUUAAAUAUAUAUCUUAAUAACGAGCAAAAUGUCGCUCAAUAUUAAUCAAUAUUAUUGGCAACAUCUGCAGAAACGAAAAUUAUCAGCAGUUAUAAUUAUUAUGCUACUGGAAUGUAAUAAUAAAAAACAUAAUAGAAGAAAAUGGGUGCACUGUUGGGUAGCCAAAAGAAAAGAAAAAGGUUUACAUCACAAUUUGUUCAUGGAACUUAGUUUAGAAGAUCCUAAUAGAUUCAGAAGAUGUUUGCGUAUGGACACAGAAACAUUUGAAGAACUUUUGGAGAGAGUUACUCCACUCAUUGUGAAGAAAAAUACGCAUUUAAGAGAAAGCAUUUCAGCAGCAGAAAGAUUGUCUUUGACUUUACGUCAUUUAGCUACAGGUAGUUAAAAUUAUUGCUUCUAAGAAAUGUUUAUACAACAUCUACAAUAAGAUUACUGUAAUGUUACAAGAAAGAUGCACAUAACUGACAACCAUGUUCCACAAACAGAGCCCAUAUACCAUGACUUCAUUUGUCAAAUUCAUAAUUUUCUUAUUU